CGCACCCGCCGGGGGCCAUGCCGCGCUCCUUCCUGGUGAAAACGCACUCCAGCCACAAGGUCCCCAAGUACCGGCGGCUGGAGACGCAGAGAGACAUUGAUGGUGCCUGCUCUGCAUGCAGGGGGCUGGUGGUGCCCCUCCUCCUCCCGGAGAAGGUGGCCUCUUCCACACCUGGUGACCCUCCCCAGCCCUGGGACCGCACCUCCGUCAUCGCCCGCAUCUCCCUGCCCCUUCCAUGUCAUGAAGAAGCUCGGGAGGCCCCUGGGCCAGACCCCCUGGAAGUCGGCCGGGUACAUGUUUGCACCAGCCGGGCCCCUAGUGCACCCCUCAAAGACAGCCUGAACCACCUCAACCUGCCGCCGCUGCUGGUCCUGCCUGCUCGGUGGCCCCCAACCCUGGGCCCCGCCGGGGACCCAGCUCCAGACAGAGUGCGGGCGGCUGAACGGGCACCCUGUGGCACAGGCGGCUUCCAGUGCUUGCACUGCCGCAAGCCCUACCACACGCUGGCCGGGCUGGCCAGGCACCGGGAGCUGCAGUGCCAUCUGCGGGCGCCCCGAUGCUUCACCUGCAAGUACUGCGACAAGGAGUACAGCAGCCUGGGCGCCCUCAAGAUGCACAUCCGCACACACACGCUGCCCUGCCCCUGCGCCAUCUGCGGCAAGGCCUUCUCCCGGCCCUGGCUGCUCCAGGGCCACAUCCGGACCCACACAGGUGAGAAGCCGUACACCUGCUCUCACUGCAGCAGGGCUUUUGCCGACCGCUCCAAUCUCCGGGCCCACCUGCAAACACACUCUGACACCAGGAAGUACCAGUGCAAGCGCUGUGCCAAGACCUUCUCCCGCAUGUCGCUCCUGGUGCGUCACCAGGAAUCUGGCUGCUGCCCUGGCCCCUGACAAGGGCAGGCUCAGUGCAGGUCAGAGGGAGAGGACUGCCCCCCGGGAGCUACUGGCCAACCCCACUCCUGGGAACCUGGGCAGCUCAGCCCCACAGCUGCUCCGCCGGGUUCCUUCUCUGUCACUGCUGCCGCCUACUUCCAUCCAGAACCAGAGAGGCCCAGCGGGCUGUGAGAGUGAGUAUCAGAGGACUAUGGUGGAACCGGGAAACGCCAUUCUGCUUCUGACUUACUCGGGUUUCUGGUUCUGUUCUCCCAAGAGUUAAAGACUGGUGGGGGUGCUGGCCAGCAUGGACAACUCCUGCUCUUCUGCUGGACUUCGUGGGUGCAGCUACCUCAUGGCCCACCUCCACCUGCUUCUGGUCUGGACUCCAGGCCUCCUGAGUCACAUCAGGGAUGCACACAGACACCCCCCAUCCCCAUGCCACUAGGCUGUCCCUGAGGGCAGUGGCUGGUGGAUGUGGGCAUGCUGGGACGGAGCUAGGGCCCUGCCACAACCACAGAGCCGUGAGGAAACCUCACCCCUGCCUGUUAUGUCCUCCAAGGCUCUGAGUCUUGCCCAGGCCCCUGGCUCUACAGAGGAGGCUGAGCUGGGUGGGAGUCAUCCUCCACAGGCAGUAGAUACCUGGGCCUCUGGCCACAGAGUAGGGGAGGCAAUGGCAAGGGCAAGGAGCCGUGAGGUGUAGGGACGGAGAGCAGGGCUGGUGGGAGGCAGGCAGCGACAGACGAGCAGGUGAGCAGAGGCAGAAGGAAGGAAGAGACCGGAAGUGGGAACAGCAUUAGCAGUGAGAGAGAGCAGCCACAGGGUGUGGACACGCUGGAGUGAGGGUGCGAGAGCAGAGCUGGGCAGGCCCGAGGAAGGUGCUGUGGGCUGCGUGUGUCUGUAUCAGCGGGCGGCACAGAGGACCGUCUUGUCCUGGGUCUGCACAGGUCUCUGUGAGGCCGCUGCAUUGCCGGGAGCUGCGUCCACAGAUGCCCGUGGCACUUUCGCCUCUCCUCUGCCUGCCCUCUCCUGAGACCACAGGUGUCCCCAGCUGAGGGAUGGGCAGACCUUGACACUGCCUAACACAUACCUCCCACACCGACUCAGAUGCCAACAGGAGACCCCUCCCCAGCAUCCCACCCCCAAGAGGCGGCCUCUUCCCACCACCUGACCACCCAGUCACCUGCUGAGCUGGUCCUUGUCUUGCCAGCAUGUCUCCACGGCUCUAGCUGACCCCUGGAGGGCAGCCUGAGUCUAACGGGGACUGAUUGAAUUCUCGACACCUGGAGGGGACACCUGCUCCUCUCUGCAGGAGAGUUGGCUUGCUGCCAGCAGCUCCACUUCUGGCCCAGACUGAGGGACAGUCAGGCACCUUGGUCCUGGCUCUGAAUGAGGCCACAGGGUGAGCGGCAGAGGCCCCGUCUCAGCCCCGGCCAUGCAGGCCUGCUGAUGGGCAUUCAUAGGCCCGUGCCAGGCCACACAGCACCUGCGGAUCCUGCCAGAGGCUUCUCACAGCUACAGGGCUCUGCUGGCUGGUUUGAUGAUGGCCGUUGUAGGGACCUUGGGGACAUCCAGGGGGAAACUUGACCGCGAUCAUGGGCUUCUCUGGACCAACGGUGACCUUGAUGACACUGGCCACCCAGAAGGGCCGCAGCUCCAGCACGCACCAGACUGUGUCAGCAGGUGGAACGAAGAUGCUCUGGGAGAGCCACGCUCACGUUCCCAGGCCUGCACUGCAGCCUUCCCUCCACAGGGAUCAGCUAUCCCUCCAGGGACAGACGGUGUGAGCGGGAGGCUGCACUGAGAUAGCAGUGUCCAGCAGCCUUGAGGCUGUUGUAACAAAGUCCCACGUGCCGGGAAGCUGGAACCACGGAAACCUGCUCUGCCACAGUCUGGAGGCCAGAAGCGCGAGCCCGAGGUGCCUGAGGGGCUGGUUCCAUCCGGGGUCUAGCCUCAGCUCCUACUGCUUUGCCUUUGUCCUUGACAUUCCUUGGCUGACAGACCCAUCGCCCAUCUCUGCCUCCACCUCACUUGACUUCUUCCUAUGUGUGUCUGUCUCUGUGUCCAAAUGUCCCUUUCUUGUGAGGAUGCCAGUCAUCCUGGGUUAGCACCCCACCCUGGCAACCUCAACUUGACCAUCUGCAAAGACCCUUGUUCCAAUCAGGCCACAUCCUGAGGUCCUGGGGGUCGGAAUUUCAACACUGCCCACCCCCAACAGCUGAUGUGAAUACAGUGUUUGCCUAGAGAUGCCUGGUGGGGGAGGGGGUUCCUGUGCUUGACCCCUGACCUCUCAGUCAUCCCACAAAGGAUGGGCAGGCAGCUGAUUUUAAGUGAUGGAUUUACUGGAAGCCCCUCCUGUGCCCGUUGCCUCCUCCUGUCCAUCGUCCCAAGCAGGGGCCCUGCCCUCACCAGAUGGUCCUCCCUCCCAGCAGUCUCCCUUGUGCUGGGUUCCUCUGCAGAGCAGGUCAAGCCAGCAAUCAGGCCUAUGUCUGGCCAUCUCACAGGAGAGCUUUUUUUUUUUUUUUUUUCAAAUAGUAUCCAGAUGCCUGAAGGAAGCUAUAUUGUA